AUGCACCAUACACUAUUUAAAUGCAGCCCUAUUAUAUUUCAAGGUAACGGGGUAGUUGUUCGAAAUUUGCUCGCAUUAAAUAAGGGUUCAUUAGCAUCAUGUUGGGCAUUAGAACGAGAACACUGGAGACAUUAUGCUAAAGGAUAUCCCAAGAAUAAACUGUCAAGGUAUAUGAAAAAUAACAAACCUAAAGAGCUGGAUUUUACCAUUCCUAAUUAUAUAUCGGUAAGUAAACUAGCUAACCUAUUAAAUUGUAGGAUUGAAACUCUAAUGAAAGAUUUAAGGAAAUUAGGAUUCUCAAAUACAACACACAACUAUAUCCUUUCCAAAGAAUAUGUCGAAUUAAUCUUACAAGAGUAUAAUUAUAAUCUGCCGGCAUCUUCUCUAACGCUAACCUCAGCAAAUGCUUACGAUGAAUUGAAAUCGCCCAUUGAUCCUAAACUUUUGAAGAAAAGGCCACCGAUCGUAACCAUAAUGGGUCAUGUUGAUCAUGGAAAAACUACAAUCAUUGAUUACCUACGGAAAUCUUCUGUUGUAGCACAAGAACACGGUGGGAUAACUCAACAUAUUGGUGCCUUCAAAAUAACGACACCUAUCACAAAGAAAAACAUUACUUUUCUAGAUACUCCAGGGCAUGCAGCUUUUCUAAAAAUGAGAGAAAGGGGUGCUAACAUUACUGAUAUUAUUGUACUUGUUAUCUCCAUUGAGGAUUCCAUUAUGCCACAAACGUUGGAGGCUAUCAAACAUAUCAAGAAAUCAGGUAAUGAACUAGUUGUCGCUAUUACUAAAAUUGACAUGAUCAGUAGGAAACAAGAUCGCGAAAAGGCAUUAGAUAAAGUUAUGAAUGACCUUAUUAAUAAUGAUAUCAGCAUCGAAAAAAUUGGGGGCGAUGUCCAGGUGGUACCAAUAAGCGCAAAGACUGGAGAAAAUAUGGAUCUGUUAGAGGAAUCUAUCGUUUUACUAAGUGAUAUGAUGGACCUCCGUUCUGAAAACUCACCGAGGACUACGGUAGAGGGUUGGGUUAUAGAAAGUAAGGUUAAGAAAACAGUGGGGAAUGUCGCCACUGUGCUAAUAAAGAAAGGAACUUUACGAAAUGGUACUAUCCUUUUAUCUGGGGAUACAUAUUGUAAAGUGAGAAGUAUGACGGACGAGUUUGGAAAGCAAGCUUCUAAGGCAGAGCCAUCUCAAGUAGUUGAAAUACUCGGAUGGAAAUCAUUAGUGAAUGCUGGGGAUGAAGUGUUACAAGCAAAGACAGAAGCAAUAGCAAAGAAAUUAAUAGCCAAGAGAGCUGCAUUACUAGAAGUAGAAAAGGAGGCAACAUUUGUUGACAAACUUAAUGAAAAGACCGCAUUUGAGCUAAAAAAGGGUAAAGAUGCUGAACAAGUUAAGGAAGAUGAUGACAAUGAUGAAGAAAAUAUAGUAGAAAAAGGACCAAAGCAAAUUAAUUUCAUAGUGAAAUCUGAUGUCUCUGGGUCUGCAGAAGCUAUCCAGGAAUCAAUAGCUUCAUUAGGUAAUGAUGAAGUCAAAUGUACAGUAAUAUCUUCGACUGUAGGUCUUCCGACAGAAGGUGACUAUAAAAUGGCUCAAAUAACGAACAGUCAGAUUUUUUGUUUUAAUCUAGGAAAUCUUCCGAAUGACAUAAUAAACAACAAAUAUCAUAUACCAAUCAAGCAGUUUAAUGUUAUUUAUAAAUUGAUUGAAGAAGUAAUAAAGACAUUGACAGACAAUUUGAAACCAAUUUUCGAAAAGAAAUUUAUUGGAACUGUAGAUAUCCGUGAAAUUUUUGAAUUCACUGUAAAGAAAAAAAUUAUUAAAAUUGCUGGUUGUAAAGUACGUAGUGGAGUCAUUAAUAAAAAUUCAUUAGUACAGAUCGUUCGAGGUCCUGGAAAAGAGGUAAUAUAUGAUGGCAAAAUCGCAUCGUUGAAACAUGGUAAAGAUGACAUAACGGAGGCAACCAAGGGUCAUGAAUGUGGGAUUACAUUUGAUAACAGAUUUGAGGAUUAUAAAGCGGAUGAUUCAAUCCUAAUUUAUGAAAACAUUAAAAUUCAAAGGUAUCUUUGA